AUGUCAUAUAUAGACGUGGAUGAAUGUGAUCAAUUUCCAUGUGAUGACAACGCGAAAUGUAUGAAUUAAAUUGGAUCUUUUAAAUGUUCUUGUUUGCAAGGAUUUACUGGAAAUGGUUCCCAGUGUUUAGGCAAGACAAUUUACGCUUAAAUUAAUUAAAUUUGUUAGGUGAAUUGCUUCUGUAUUAGAAUUAAGUUACCAUUCUUCUUAUUUUUAGAUGAAGAUGAGUGCGAUCAAACACCUUGUCAUUCUGAUGCUAUCUGCACAAAUUUUCCUGGAUCAUUUAAUUGCUCUUGUUUGAAUGGUUUCUUUGGUAAUGGCACGUUUUGUCAAGGUAAAAUAUGAAAUUAUUUUCUGAAAAACUAUUUUUUUAUAUACAUAAUAUAUAGAUAUACUAGUCGUCGAUAACUGCUGAAAUUUAUAUACUGUAUAUGAUGAGAAUGUUGUUAAUUAAUUUUUCUGGUAUAUCUGAGCGAAUGUUUGACAAAUUCAUAAAUAUAUCUCCAUAGACAUGAACGAAUGUGAUCAAUAUCCAUGUGACGAUAACGCAACAUGUGUCAAUCAAGUUGGAUCUUUUAAAUGUACUUGCUUGGAAGGUUUUGAUGGGAAUGGUUUCAAUUGUUUAGGUAUUAGCCAACUGAUUUUGGAAACAUAACUUAUUAAGCACAUUAAUCGAGUUUAUAUUUGUUUUGCCAAUUCUAGAUAGCAAUGAAUGUGAGAUACGACCAUGUCAUUCAAAUGCAAGCUGCACAAAUGUACCUGGAUCUUUCGAGUGUUCAUGUUUCAUUGGAUUUUCAGGAGAUGGAUUUCGUUGUCAAGGUAAGAUAAUACUGCGACUAGUUAUUCUUUUUUUUUAAUAAAAUCUUUGAAUGCCAAGGUAAGAUUAAUGUACUGAUUAUAAACACAAGCGUACUUAACGCAAUUCAAGUAAAAAUGGGGACUUAACUGGAUUCGUAUAUAGUUCUGAAUUGAGAAGAAUUGUGGUGCAAACGAAGUUAGUCAUCGCUUUAUAUUCGCUGCGUGAGUUUGUUAGACUGUGAGUCUGUUAGUUUGUUGGGAAUCAUGUAUAAUCUUUGUUUUUAUUAAAAAAUAGUGACUGUGUCUUCGCGCUUGUGGUGCACAUUCUCUAGGCCACUGCACUGUAGCACUAUGUCUGGUUUCUCGUCUUCUCCGGAAUCUCCGCUUGAAUCCCUAGUUUAAUCGCCGCUUUGGUACGUUGAAGCCAACUAAACUCUAUCUUUGCCAUCCUCUUCUCUUCCGUUUACUGCUUCCUAUUAAUUUCACAUUAUCUCUUCAUCUCAUCCUCUGCCUUCUACUGGUUGUCACCAUCGUAACCUAAUUGGAGCUUCCUUCUCUCUUCUGUUAGAGAGGUUCAAAUUUGACUUCCACUACCGGCGUAAUACGCAUUUGAUUGGCUAAUCGGAUAGAUUAAACGCAUCUGAUUGGUUAAUGGUUGAGGUAGUGGUAGUGGAAGUCGAAAUCUGAACCUUUUUUACAUUCUCUAAUAUCGCAACAACACACCUAUUUCAGCUUUAUGUUAUUCUUCUCUCCUAGCUCAUGCUUUUGAACUACACAUUAGAGUAACUAUAGAGCAUAUCCCCAAUUUUAGUCUCCCUGGCAUCUUUCUAUCGAACAGCACAUAGUUGAUAUCCUCAUUUCACCAAGGAUCAGUAUUUGAGUGUAUAUGUAUUAUCUGAAUAACUGUUUCAUACAUUUUUAAAUUGCCUAUAGACGUAAAUGAAUGUGCUAAAUUUCCCUGUGAUGGCAACGCGACAUGUAUCAAUCAAAUUGGAUCCUUUAAAUGUUCUUGUUUGGAAGGUUUUACUGGAAAUGGUUUUCAAUGUUUAGGUAAAACAUAACCUUCAUAUGAAUUAGUAUACCUGUUUAUCACGUGUAUGACAAAACUAAAUUAACAUUCCUCUUUUUAAUUUUCAGAUGAAAAUGAGUGCAACCAAACACCUUGUCAUUCCCAUGCUGUCUGUACCAAUUUUCCUGGAUCUUCUAAUUGUUCUUGCAUGACUGGUUUCUUUGGUAAUGGCACGUUCUGUCAAG